AUGUGCUAUGAGCUUUUGUAUCUUGUGUUGUUCUUCAUUAAGUGUGGUCACCAUGCCAUUUGUUCUUCUAAGGACUUCUCUGUGGCUGCAAAGUUCAACGACUAUCGGCUAAGUGUAUGUAGGCCUCGUUGGGACUCUAAGUGGACUCACAUCGCGACAGCUUAUUCUCUUUUACCACCCUCUAAUCUCUUGUAUUCCAAGAGAGACAAAGUCUUCUACUUUACCAGUUUCAAGGGUGACUACAUGGGUUCGUUGGAUCUCAAUAGCAACAACGACUUCGAGCCAGAGUAUCACCACCUACGCCUUCAGAACCGGCCUAAGAUCCCAGAGGCAGGUUGGGAGAUGCUGGAUAAAUGUUUCAUGACCAACCACUUAGUGGAGUCUCCCUCUGGUGAACUUUUCUUCAUCAAGUGGUACACACAGUACAUUCACAAAGAGGACGAAGAUGGGGAUUUGGAAUUUAUUCACUGCAGUACUAAGCGGUUCAUGAUCUUUAGGCAAGAUGGGAUGAGCAAAGACUUUUGUUACACGGAAGAUAUUGGAGAUCUGUGCAUCUUCCUUAGCAAGAGUGAAGCCUUCUGUCUCUCGGCAAGCAUAUACCCUAGGCUCAAACCUAACUCCAUCUAUUACCUUGGUCCUAGACUUGGUUCUUACGAUCUGGCUUCUGGUACGGACCGUCCCUUCAACUUCGAUCGCCUUGGUGAACCCUCGCCCGUCCGUACCCCCUUCUGGCUUCAUCCCACGGACCCCAUUGCUUAACAAUGUUUCUUUCUGGUUCCUUUCCUUUGGAUCUCUUCUCUUAGCUUUAGCUAUAGGAUUUGGGCUUUGUUUUGUUCAAUAAGUGGUCGUCUUGCCACUUUUGUGUUAUGUUCUUCUUCUUCAUGCGGUCUUCAUCAUGCCACUUUGUUAGAUGUGCUAUGAGCUUUUGUAUCUUGUGUUGUUCUU